AGUGGGGCAGUGAGAAGAAAGAGGGUUGGGAGAGACAGGAAAGCAUUCUCUCCUUGAGGGAAGGAACUGGGAAUCAACUGAGAACCAGCUAGCACUACCAGGAGGUAAGGAGAGGGAAGGAGAAUAAUUUAAAUGAGUCCAGGGAGCUUCUGCUCCCUCAACCAAACGGUGAUAGACGGCCUGACACCACCGGCCCUCGAAGCCUGAGAUCCACAGGAAAUGUUAAAAACUGGCUUGGCAAUAUAAGUAUUAGAAAAUACUUCUUCCAACACUCACCAAAAACUAAGCUCCCAAUAAAGAACACUUCACCUGCCCUCAGCAACCCUCAACCUCUCUUCCCCGCCAAGAUCUCCACCCAACGUCUCAAGAGGGCGGUUCCCAACCUCACGUGACACAGCGGUCACGUGACAUGGCCCCGGGGAGCCGAGGUGAGCGUUCCAGCUUCCGGAGCCGGAGGGGGCCCGGCGUACCCAGCCCCCAGCCCGACGUGACCAUGCUGUCCCGCCUCCUAAAAGAACACCAGGCCAAGCAGAAUGAACGCAAGGAGCUGCAGGAGAAGAGGAGGCGAGAGGCUAUCACUGCAGCGACCUGCCUGACAGAAGCUUUGGUGGAUCACCUCAAUGUGGGUGUGGCCCAGGCCUACAUGAACCAGAGAAAGCUGGACCAUGAGGUGAAGACCCUACAGGUCCAGGCUGCCCAAUUUGCCAAGCAGACAGGCCAGUGGAUCGGAAUGGUGGAGAACUUCAACCAGGCACUCAAGGAAAUUGGGGAUGUGGAGAACUGGGCUCGGAGCAUUGAGCUGGACAUGCGCACCAUUGCCACUGCACUGGAAUAUGUCUACAAAGGGCAGCUGCAGUCUGCCCCUUCCUAGCCCCUGUUCCCUCCCGGAACCCUAUCACUCCUACCUCACCCACAGGGGGAAGGAGGGAAGCUGACAAGCCUUGAAUAAAACACAAGCCUCCGUUUC